UAUUCACAUUCAAGUGCAUCAAGCUCAACAAGUGAAAUAAUUCGUUAGAACUAGUGUUAUUGUGAAAUAAAUACAUAUAUAUUAUGGCUUGUACAAAAUUUUUAACUUUUAAUAAUGGCCUGAAAAUGCCCAUUCUAGGCAUUGGCACAUGGCAGGCUUCCGAUGAAGAAAUCGAAACCGCAAUCGAUGCAGCUCUAGAGGCGGGUUACCGCCACAUCGACACCGCCCCGGUUUAUGAGAACGAGAAAGCAAUUGGACGUGUGCUGAAACGCUGGUUGGAUGCUGGCAAGCUGAAGCGAGAGGAUCUCUUCAUUGUGACCAAGUUGCCGCCGCCAACCAACCGUCCACACGAGGUGGAGCCAACCAUAAAGAAAUCACUGGCGGAUCUGCAACUCGAAUACGUGGAUUUGUAUCUGAUACAUACUCCCUUUACCGUGUGCAUCAAUGAGGAUGGCAGCUUCAAGUUCAAGGCAGACGGUACCAUUGAGAUUGAUCCAACCACUAAUCAUGUUGCCACUUGGGCCGCAAUGGAGAAGCUCAUUGAAAAAGGGCUGGCCAAAUCAAUCGGAGUGUCCAACUUCAGCAAGGAGCAAGUGCAGCGAAUCCUGAACAAUUGCAAGAUACGUCCGGCCAACAACCAAGUGGAGCACCACGUCUAUUUGCAACAACGUGAUCUGAUAGAUUACUGCAAAGCAGAAAAGGUCACAGUCACGGCAUACUCGCCCCUAGGCUCCAAGGGCAUUGCCAAGCUCAAUGCUUCUGUCGGCUUGGUGCGUGAGUUGCCCGACCUGUUGGACAUUGAAGAGGUAAAACAGAUAUCUGCGGGACAUGGCAAGACGCCAGCACAGGUUUUGUUGCGUUGGAUCAUCGAUUGUGGAGUGGCGGCAAUACCGAAGAGCACGAAUCCGAACCGCUUAAAACAAAAUCUUGACAUAUUUGACUUUGAACUUAGUCCCGAGGAGGUGGCCAAGCUAUGUGCGCUAGACCAAAACUUACGUAUCUGUGACUUUUCCUUCUUUCGUGGUGUCGAGAAACAUCCGGAGUUCACCUUUAAGAACAAAUUCAACAACUAAAGAAAUUAUAAAAACAUUUUAUUUAAAUGCAUUCUACAUUUUUUAAAUAGUUUUAGCACACCGUUAAUAAAAAUAUUUACUAUCGCACCCAA